AUGAAAGUUAGAGAUGUAUAUGAAUCAUUGUCUAAUAGGCCAAAGUUGAGUAUGACCCUUAAUGCUCCUUUAGGAAUUUCAAAUUCCUUUGGUAAUAGUAAUAGUGUUGUUGGUGAAAAGCAAAGUAGUAAAACUUCAACUCCAAAUCUAUCAGAGUUAGAGAAAAAUUUGUCCAUGGCAUCUUCCAUUCAUGUUGCACGACAAUCACCUAUAAGACGACGAAGGAAACACAUAUCUCCGCGUAAUUUGCCUAAGAUUACUGAUCAAGAAUUGCAGCAAUUAUCUGGAGAUUUAAAUUCCAAAAUUGUGCCAUUAUUUGAGAAGACACUGACUUCCAGUGAUGUUUGUCGACUCGGUCGCAUGGUUCUUCCGAAACCAUGUGUUGAAACAUAUUUUCCUCCUAUUUCUCAACCAGGGGGUAUUUACUUACAUAUUGAAGAUGUGAAAGGGAAGAAAUUGAUGUUUAGGUUUAGAUUUUGGCCAAAUAAUAACAGCAGGAUAUAUGUUUUAGAAGGUGUACUUCCUUGGAUUCAGUCUAUGCAAUUGCAAGCUGGAGAUUUUGUAACAUUUAGCAGGAUGGACCCCGAGGAGAGACUGAUAAUAGGGUUUCGAAAGGCGUCAAUUUCUUCUAUAGAGGUGCAUGACAUUACUAUGUCUAAGGGCAAGAAAAGAGAGGAAAUGCAUCUGCCAAAAGAGCUGGUUCCUAAGAAGAAAAGAAAAUGUGACAUUGGAUCAAAAAGCAAGAGGCAGGUUCUUGAUAACCAAGAUGCAUUGAUGCUGAAACUUACUUGGCAAGAGGCUCAACAUUUUCUUCAUCCACCCCCUACAGUUAAUUCAAACAUUGUAGUGAUUGAGGAUCAUGUUUUUGAAGAAUAUGAAGAACCUCCUAUCAUUGCAAAGAGAGGUAUAUUCAUAAAUGGAAUGAAUGAGCAAUGGAUACAGUGUGAUAAGUGCUCAAAAUGGAGGAAGUUGGAAUUUCUGGUGCAAUGCAAUUGUGUUAACAAAUCUUGUUCUUAA